CAUGUCACUUCCGAUGUACGAAUCUAUUCCAUUGUACGUGAGGCAGUUCUGCGGUGCUUGAGGACUUUGUUGAACUCCGCAGUGAAUUUAACUGUAUUUAUUCCCACUUUAUUUAAUUCUCAAUACGAAUACGCCAACGCCUCGUCGUCUCGGUGGCAGUGUGCAGCUUCUUUGCGGACGUUAGGAUGAGACGAAACAUUUGAGACUCACAAGGUUAGCCGUCACAGGAGUCCGUCGGUCCUCUGAUUUCAUUCCUUUGCGUUUUUUACUUCAUUUCUAGGAUAAGUUUCAGUUUCACGGACACAUCAGCGACAACGUCAGCUUAAAGUUUGAAUGGAGAUUUAAAAACAGCCGGACCGCUCCUGUAUGUGUCUGGACUAGUUUCCAUAUUUCUGAAGCUACACUCAUUAGCCUAGCCUCGGAGCUCCUCCAGGGCCGCGGGAGCAGAGCAGCCCCCCAGAGGAGGCGCUAUGAACGGGUUCAGCACCGAGGAGGACAGCCACGACGGACCUCCGGCCCCACCGGGCUGCGGGCAGAGCUGCUGCCUGCUGGAGGACGGGCAGCGCUGCGGGCGGUCGGCGGGCAACGCUUCGUUCAGCAAGAGGAUCCAGAAGAGCAUCUCCCAGAAGAAGCUCAAGCUGGACAUCGACAAGAGUGUCCGUCACCUCUACAUAUGUGACUUCCAUAAGAACUUCAUCCAGAGCGUCCGAAACAAGAGGAAGAGGAAGACGAGCGACGAUGGGGGAGAGUCACCUGACCACGACGUAGAGGUCCCAGAGGUGGAUCUGUUCCAGCUGCAGGUGAACACACUGCGGCGCUAUAAGAGACACUACAAGCUCCAGACCCGGCCAGGCCUCAACAAGGCUCAGCUAGCAGAGACGGUGAGCCGCCACUUCCGGAACAUCCCGGUGAACGAGAAGGAGACGCUCACCUACUUCAUCUACAUGGUGAAGAGCAGCAAGACCCGCAUGGAGCCCAAGGCCGACGGGGCCAAGCAGCUCGACUAGCCGCCGCCGCCCCCCCCCCCCCCCCCCCAUCAGCACCGCCAUCCGCUCCUCCGUCGCCACGGCAACCCCUGGCCCGACGGAACCCGCCGCUGCAGCCGCUGGCCUGCUGUCAUUGGUCGGUUCUGAGGGGUUCCGGGGGGGCUGCUGUCCCCGGGCAGAACAUGGAAACCGUCCUCCCCCCCCCACCGACAGACCGGCCUUCUGACCCCAUGGACCCCCUGGUACUAAAUAUAGCCCGGUGUGCCGCGACAGAAUCAUGUCCACUCUGAUCUCCCCUCCUCUCUCGCUGUCCGCCUCUGUCUCUCGCUGCUCUCGUUAUCUACCGUCUCUCUCUCAUUAACUAUGGUCUCUCUCUCAUUAUCUUCUGUCUCUCUCUUGCUCUCAUGGUCUACUCUCUCUCUAUCGUUAUCUUCUCUCUUCAUUUUUCUCAAUAUCUGCUCUCAUUAUCUCAUCAUCUUCUCUCUCUUAUCUACUGUCUCAUGAUCUCUCAUUAUCUUCUCUCUCUUAUCAUGAACUGUCUCAUUAUCUCUCAUUAUCUACCGUCUCUCAUUACCUCUCUCCCUCUGGCUGAUGGAUCUCCUGGUUUACUAGACUUGUUGACUUUGUGUAUGGAUUGUAUUUGUAUCCUAUCCUUUAUUUUGCGUGUAGAAUUUAAUUAGCCGUGCCAGUCCUGUUACCCGUUAGCUUGUAUCCUGUGUAGCGCAGAAGGAUACAUAUAUAUGGAUAUAUAUACAUAUUUAUGUAUUUAUAUAUACAUAUAUAUAGAUAUAAAACGAUGUGUAUAUGUGCGUGUAGCUGCCUAUUAAUGAUAUUAAUAAACAUAUUGUACAGUCUCA